GGGAAAUUCUCAAGAAUAUGGACCCCCUAGAUUCCGUGGCGGAUUAUCUCAGGAACAUGGAUAUCCCAACUUGCGCAGUGGUACAGAAUCUGGGAGAAAAUUAUCACAGGAUUAUGCACCGUCAGUCCGUCUCUCACAAGAGUACGACUCUCUUAGCUCUUUGAGACAGAUCUUUUCGGCGGUUAAGUCAAAAACAGGAACAUCUCAACUGUACGGUGCUGUAAAAACGUCUCCUUCGGACGUAUACAGUGCCCCAUCAUUCAGAUCGUCUCCAACCACACAACACGGUGCCCCUGAAUAUCAACCAACGAAUACUGAAGAUUACAAUGCCCCAUUCCAAAGAAACAGUGGCUUUUCGAAUACUAGAAGCUCUUCGACCGUUCAAAAGUACGGUGUGCCCAAAUCUCGUAGUAGCCAGUUGCGUUCUGGCUCCGUAUCACAGGAAUAUUCACCUUCUUCAAGAUCUAAUGCACAGCAGGCGCACAAGACAUUAGAAGAUUUCUCAUUUGGCGCUCAAAGUCUCGCCAAAUCAUCAAGAAACAGUCCUUCCCAAAUUUAUGGAACACCAGCUAACUCUCUGGCGACUCAGUAUAGUGCACCUGAAGCUAUAAAUGCUGAUGCAUAUUAUAGUGAAUCAGGUGUGUUGUCGACAACGUACAACAUACCUAAUGGAUGGAGUAUCUCUCAGGAAUAUGGUGUGCCAGAAACAGGAGCAGCUUUGAAAUCAAGCACCCUUGCAUCAUCUUAUCCAUCAACUAGAUCACCAUCUCGGGAAUACGGCGCACCAUCAUCUCGUACCGCCAUGCCCUCGCCGCAGUACGGGGCUUCAAGAAACCUCGACGGAUACUCAGACCGGAGCUACGAGAGCUGUGCAAGAAAUUCUUUAGAAUUGCUUAAUCAGGAACCAGCGAACUAUGAGUUCUCCUACAAAGUGAGUGACUACGAGAGCGGAAGUGACUUUGGCCACGCGGAAAACCGGCAGGACGAUAAAGCAGAAGGGGCGUACUUUGUCGUACUUCCUGAUGGAACCAAACAGGUGGUAGAGUACGAGGCUGAUGAAGAUGGAUUCAAGCCAAGGAUCUCGGUUAUACCAGCCGACACUGCAUCUAGCCGCGCAGGUGACUGGCCUUAUUGA